GGGGCCGCAUGAACGGAUGGCUGCCUGAGCCCCGUAGCAGCGGCGGCUCUACGGCCCGGGGCCCCCGGCUGGCGGAGGUGGCGGCUCCCGGGACCAGCCGCGCGCAAUGAUGUUGUCCACUGGGCAUAUACUGACCAAUGUGGCAGGUCUGAGAACAUAGCUGAAGCUGAAAAUAGGAAAACUGGGGGCAAGGAAGAGCCUUGAAUCUUGAGGUGGGACGUUGACUCUAAGAUGUCCUUGAGCAGUGGAGCCUCCGGAGGGAAAGGAGUGGAUGCAAACCCGGUUGAGACUUACGACAGUGGGGAUGAAUGGGACAUUGGAGUAGGGAAUCUCAUCAUUGACCUGGACGCCGAUCUGGAAAAGGACCAGCAGAAACUGGAAAUGUCAGGCUCAAAGGAGGUGGGGAUACCUGCUCCCAAUGCUGUGGCCACACUACCAGACAACAUCAAGUUUGUGACCCCAGUGCCAGGUCCUCAAGGGAAGGAAGGCAAAUCAAAAUCCAAAAGGAAUAAGAGUGGCAAAGACACUAGCAAACCCACUCCAGGGACUUCCCUGUUCACUCCAAGUGAGGGGGCAGCUAGCAAGAAAGAGGUGCAGGGGCGUUCAGAUGGUGCCAAUGCAGGAGGUCUGGUUGCUGCUAUUGCUCCCAAGGGUUCAGAGAAGGCGGCUAAGGCAUCCCGCAGUGUAGCCAGCUCAAAAAAGGAGAAGGAGAACAGCUCAUCAAAGAGCAAGAAGGAGAGAAGCGAAGGAGUGGGGACUUGUUCAGAAAAGGAUCCUGGGGUCCUCCAGCAAGUUCCCUUAGGAGGACGGGGUGGUCAGUAUGAUGGAAGUACAGGGGUGGAUACAGGAGCUGUGGAGCCGCUUGGGAGUAUAACUAUUGAACCUGGGGCAGCGCUCAAUCCUUUGGGAGCUAAACCGGAGCCAGAGGAAGGGGAGAAUGAGUGUCGCCCACUAAAGAAAGUCAAGUCUGAAAAGAUGGAGUCCCCUGUCUCCACACCAGCAGUGCUGCCACUGCACCUUUUGGUGCCAGUGGUCAAUAAUGACAUCUCAUCUCCCUGUGAGCAGAUCAUGGUUCGUACUCGAUCAGUUGGAGUCAACACAUGUGAUGUGGCUCUAGCCACAGAGCCUGAAUGCCUGGGCCCCUGUGAACCUGGAACCAGUGUCAACCUCGAAGGCAUUGUGUGGCAGGAAACGGAAGAUGGGAUGUUAGUGGUAAAUGUAACAUGGAGGAACAAGACAUACGUAGGUACACUUCUCGACUGCACACGGCAUGAUUGGGCACCUCCAAGGUUCUGUGACUCCCCCACCAGUGACUUGGAAAUGCGUAAUGGUCGGGGUAGAGGCAAACGCAUGCGUCCCAACAGUAACACACCUGUCAAUGAGACAACCACGGCCUCUGACACCAAAGGAACCAGCAGUAGCAGCAAAACCCGGGCAGGGGCCAACAGCAAAGGCCGUCGGGGCAGCCAAAAUUCUUCAGAGCAUCGCCCACCUGCCAGCAGCACCUCUGAGGAUGUCAAGGCCAGUCCUUCCUCAGCUAACAAGCGGAAAAACAAACCCCUUUCAGACAUGGAGCUGAAUUCUAGCUCAGAGGACUCCAAAGGGAGCAAACGUGUCCGUACGAAUUCUAUGGGUUCAGCCACUGGCCCCCUUCCAGGGACCAAGGUAGAACCCACUAUUCUGGACAGAAAUUGUCCCUCUCCUGUCCUGAUUGACUGUCCCCACCCAAACUGCAACAAGAAAUACAAGCACAUCAAUGGACUUAAGUACCACCAAGCCCAUGCUCAUACAGAUGAUGACAGCAAGCCAGAAGCAGAUGGAGACAGUGAGUAUGGAGAAGAACCUGCUCUCCAUGCAGACCUCGGGAGCUGCAAUGGUGCAUCUGUUACACAGAAAGGUUCCUUGUCCCCUGCCCGCUCAGCUACCCCCAAAGUUCGCCUUGUAGAGCCCCAUAGCCCUUCUCCUUCAAGCAAAUUCAGCACAAAAGGCCUCUGUAAGAAAAAGUUGAGUGGGGAAGGGGACACAGAUUUUGGGGCCUUAUCCAAUGAUGGCUCUGAUGAUGGACCCUCAGUAAUGGAUGAAACAAGCAACGAUGCCUUUGAUUCUUUGGAAAGGAAAUGUAUGGAAAAAGAAAAAUGUAAAAAACCCUCCAAUUUGAAAUCUGAGAAGAUUCCUUCUAAGAGCUUGAAGUCGGCCCGGCCCAUUGCCCCUGCCAUCCCCCCACAGCAAAUCUAUACCUUCCAGACAGCCACCUUCACUGCAGCAAGCCCAGGCUCCUCCUCAGGCUUGACCACCACAGUGGUCCAAGCCAUGCCCAACAGUCCCCAGCUCAAGCCCAUUCAGCCCAAGCCCACUGUUAUGGGAGAACCUUUCACGGUCAACCCCGCCUUGACACCAGCCAAGGAGAAGAAAAAGAAAGACAAAAAAAAGAAGGACUCUUCCAAGGAACUUGAAAGUCCUCUAACCCCUGGGAAGGUAUGUCGAUCAGAGGAAGGCAAAAGCCCAUUCAGGGAAUCAUCAGGAGAUGGGAUGAAAAUGGAGGGGCUUCUAAAUGGCUCAUCAGACACCCACCAAAGCCGACUGGCUAGCAUCAAGGCUGAAGCUGACAAAAUCUACAGCUUCACGGACAAUGCCCCCAGCCCGUCCAUUGGAGGCAGUAGCCGCCUAGAUAGCACCACCCCUACUCAGCCCAUGACUCCCUUACAUGUAGUGACCCAGAAUGGAGCUGAAGCCAGCUCAGUCAAAACCAACAGCCCUGCAUACUCUGACAUCUCUGAUGCUGGGGAGGAUGGGGAGGGCAAGGUGGAGAGUGUUAAAUCAAAGGACCCUGAACAGUUGGUUAAGGAAGGGGCUAAGAAAACUCUUUUCCCCCCUCAGCCACAGAGCAAAGACUCACCAUAUUACCAAGGCUUUGAGAGUUACUACUCUCCAAAUUAUGCGCAGUCCAGCCCAGGGGCUCUGAAUCCCAGCAGCCAGACAGGAGUGGAGAGCCAGGUCCUGAAGACAAAAAAGGAUGAGGAGCCUGAGAGCAUAGAGGGGAAAGUGAAGAACGAUGCCUGUGAGGAGAAAAAACCUGAACUGAGCAGUUCCAGUCAACAGCCUUCUGUCAUCCAGCAGCGUCCCAACAUGUACAUGCAGUCUCUGUACUACAACCAGUAUGCCUAUGUGCCCCCCUAUGGCUACAAUGACCAGAGUUACCACGCCCACCUCAUGAGCACCAACACAGCAUAUCGGCAGCAGUAUGAAGAGCAGCAGAAACGGCAGAGUUUAGAGCUGCAGCCACGGGGACUGGACAAGAAGGCAGAGAUGGGCCUCAAGGAUCGGGAGCCAACACUCAAGGAAGAAUGGAAGCAAAAGCCGUCAAUUCCACCAACUCUUACCAAAGCCCCCAGCCUAACAGACCUAGUGAAGUCAGGACCCGGCAAGGCCAAGGAGUCAGGGGCUGACACUGCCAAGUCAGUCAUCAUUCCCAAGUUAGAAGACUCUUCAAAACUCCCCAGCCAGGCCCCUGAAGGACUUAAAGUGAAGCUGAGUGAGGCCAGCCACCUAGGCAAGGAGGCCUCUGAGGCUAAAACAGGCACUGAGUGUGGCCGACAGGCAGAGGUGGAUCCAAUACUCUGGUAUCGACAGGAGGCAGAGCCCCGGAUGUGGACAUAUGUUUAUCCUGCCAAGUACUCAGACAUCAAAUCAGAGGAUGAGCGGUGGAAAGAGGAACGGGACCGCAAAUUGAAGGAGGAAAGGAGCAGGAGUAAGGACUCUAUCCCUAAGGAAGAUGGGAAGGAAAGCACAAGUGGUGACUGCAAGCUGCCCACAUCUGAGGAGUCCCGCCUUGGGAGCAAGGAGCCCCGACCAAGUGUACAUGUGCCUGUGUCCUCCCCACUGACUCAACACCAGUCCUACAUCCCCUACAUGCACGGCUACUCCUACAGCCAGUCUUAUGACCCCAACCACCCCAGCUACCGUGGCAUGCCUGCUGUGAUGAUGCAAAACUACCCAGGUUCCUACUUGCCUUCCAGCUACUCUUUCUCCCCAUAUGGCAGCAAGGUCUCAGGUGGUGAAGAGGCUGACAAGGCACGAGUCAGCCCCAGUGUCAGUUGUAAAUCCACCUCAGAGUCCAAAGCCUUGGACAUCUUGCAGCAGCACGCCAGUCACUACAAGAGCAAGUCUCCCACGAUAAGUGAUAAAACUUCUCAGGAGAGAGAUCGGGGAAGCUGUGGGGUGGUUGGGGGUGGUGGCAGCUGUAGCAGCGUCGGGGGAGCAGGCGGGGGUGAACGGAGUGUCGACCGGCCCCGCACCUCCCCUUCCCAGCGCCUGAUGUCUACCCACCACCACCACCACCACUUGGGAUACUCAUUGCUCCCAGCACAGUACAACUUACCCUAUGCAACAGGGCUUUCUUCUACAGCCAUUGUUGCCAGCCAACAGGGCACAACUCCUUCGCUCUACCCACCCCCCAGGAGGUGAGAAUGAACACCAAGUGCCCGGAUAAGUCAGCUUCACGGGCCCGGACUGGCUCACCCAAGGAGGUGCUGGAGGUGCCAUUUAGACAUCAGUUAAAUGGUGUUGAUCAUCCUGUUUGCCGUUUUUCCACCACAACCGAAGGCAGACCCUUGGCUAUCUCACCUCCACCAGACCUCUGGACUCCUUGACCCUCCUUCUUCCUCAGGAGCUGGAGAGCUGGUACUUAGCAAAAAUAUUUAUUCUCUUGGCCACAGUCAUGACUUUUGUGGUCUCUGUGGAAAUGAAGGCACAGGGAGAAACCAGGGGAACAUGGCUUAGCCCAGAGAAGUCACUGCUCUGUUCCCCAAAUCCCUGGUCUGUUGCCAGAGCAGUACCAAACCCACCCCCCUCACAUUGGGUAAGGUCUGGAGACAGCACAGCAGCCAUACCCCUCUCACCAUCAUUACCAUCAUCACCAGAUUCCGCAUCUCCCAGUGGUUUGUACCCUGGGAAUUGGCAGCAUGAGGAGGAAUUAGAAUCUCAGGAAAGAAAUUGGGGAUUGUUUUCUAUGUAAUUGUGAAAACAAGGUCUUCAAACAUGGAGACUAUUCCCCUCUUACAUGAGCACAUACAAACGCUCAGAGCCUAGCCCGGAAGGGAAGACCAAGGCAUUUGCCCCACCGUGGCCUUAUGCUGCCUGUCAGCAGGGGUAGGGGUUCCAACACCAGCGCAGGGCUCCCCAGGGAUACUGGGAAUCAGCUGGAGCUGGUGCAUGAAUGGAGUCUGUGAAGUAGAACCUACAUCCCCACUAAGACCUGCUGCUUCUUGUCCCCCAACCCCUUGCCCUUUUCUGUUCCCUCCUGACCCCCUUGGUGCCUUUCCCAGGGGGAUCCCCACACUGGUCUCAUCUCUUUUCCACUGCUUGGCUCUUAAAGCGCAGGCAGAUAAAACAGUAUUCCCCAAGCUUGGAGAGUCUGCCAGGUCACCUUAAGGCAAGGCCCAGAAGGCAGACCCCAGGAGUACCCAGCAGUUCUUGGAGAUGUCCUGUUCAUUUAGCCAUCUAAAGCACCUUCCUCAUUUAGGGCCACAAAUAUAUACAAACCAAUUCCUCUGUCUAUAAAGUACAUGAUUUUAUAUAGCUCAAUCUUUAACGUCCAUGUGUGCCAAUAUAAGCUGUUUCUUUUUAACACACGUUUUUGUUUUAGAGGCCACUGGCCAUGGGAAGUUAUUUGGUCCUCAGACCCCUGGUUAACACAUCCAAGCCAUUACUUGUGAGAGCACAGAAUGUACUCAAGGGAGCUGUGCUUUGGAGGCAGCAGACAUUUCUCUGCUCUUUAGAAAGGCAGUCCCCCAGUCGAAGCUUUAUGCUGUUUGCACUGGGAAAGUGAUUUGGUAGCCUUAUUGGCGCAAUUUCUUCCCCAGAGUGUGGGGAGCUUUAGCUCUUACUUUGCUUUUGAGGUAUCAAUCUCUUUGUUCUCCUCUCCGCCUAUCUUUCCUUGACCCUCUGGAUUUAGAGAGAGAAAGACUAACAGAUACCAAACUAGCCUUAUGAGGGGUGUUUGUGACCAGAGUGUCGAAAGUGACAAUUUAAGAACAGGAAUUUGGCUCUGACUCAAUUUGGAGAAAAGGCGGUAGGGGACAGUAAGCACAGUGCCCAGAGGUUCUAAGAACCCUGGAGCCCUUCACAUAGAUAGGCUCAGGGUCAUGUGCCCACAGGGAGUCCCUCCAACCUUCAGACCUUUCCCUUAAGUUUCCAUGCCCUUGUUUUUUGUUUAAGUUGAGUUCUGCAUGCUGCCUAAAAACCCCAUUUUAGACCCCCUUGGCAGGCCCUCCUCACACCCACCAACCCCUCUGCCUCCUGCUGCCCCUGUGGGCAGUGCUCUGAGCAAUGACUUCCCUUUCAUCCAUGGAAGUAGCUGGUAUAGAUAGCUUUACCCUACCUAAUCUGAGUCACCGUGCCAAGAGGAUGACUAAAUUUCAGCCUGAUUCACCCCUCCCAGGCUCCUGUGGGGUAGAGCCAAGAGCCCAUCUCUGUUCCUGUUUGUUUUUAAAUAUUGUUGUGUGUUUUUUAUCUGUGGCACCGGCCUACAGCAUACUCUGUACAUAUUGUAAAGAAACAGUUGGAGUAAUUUUCUUUCUUAUUGGGCAAGCGUGGUCCUGUAUUCCUGCCCUUUCCACUUUGUUCUGUAAUACAGAAGGAGAAAUUUCUACAUUAGCUGGGCAGCCUUGGUUUCUACAGAAGGAUACAACUUUUUCUUUUCCUUUUUUUUUUUCCUCAAAAACAUUUGGCUCUUUGAUUCUUAUAUCCACACCUUCCUUGAAAAGUAGGAGCUGCCCAGAACAGCAGGUAAACACAACAAUGGCAGAUUGGCACUGCAUCCCCCUGGUCCCUGCUCCUUGCUGAGUCCAAUCUUCUUUCCCUGAAAUAACAUGAAGCAGCACCUGUGGAGAUCCUUGACAGUGCUGAGUGAAUGAUUUGCUCUCCACUUCUAGCCCCUCUACAUGGGGAAGAGAAACAUAGGUGGGUGCUACCUGUGGGACCCAUGACCUGGUCCGAGGGAUGACACACACUCAGGCAGGAUCUCCAUCCCGCAAGCAAAGGCUGUAAGUUUGCUGCUGAAGGCCCAGACAACCAGACCAAGCCCAUCUGUGAGCCCCUUGCUCAGGCCUUACUAGACAUCACUCACUGGGCUCCCUUAGAGGUGAAGCUAAGGGAGAAAAAGCCUCCUCCCCAGCUGGGACAGCCAAGGCAUGGAGAGCUGCUCUUCAGGAUUCUCAUCUCCUUCUUCCUUGUUUUAAGGUGUACCAGUUCCCUUUGUCCCCUUUUCCUGCCUUGUACAUGUAUAUGUACAUGUAUAAAAUUUCUUUCUCUUACCCCACUCUCUCCACACAUGUCAAAUUCAAAGAACCAGAUGCAGAAGGAUAAGAGGGCACCCUAUGAAAUGAAAUGGUCUCUUGAAUUUCUUCUUUCCAGGCUCCAAGGGGCUGUGGGAGGACUUACCUUAGGGAGUUGGGAGUUAAGACUGCAGAAGGGCUAGAGAAUAUUGUAUACAGGCUUUGAGGCCACUCAUGUCACUUAUUAUACCACAUACCCUAUAUCAACAUCCUAUUGUCUACUCUGAUGCCACCAAGAUUUAACUGGGCAGCUAGUUGGCCCCAUUAAUUUUGGGCCUUUGUUGUUCAUUUUAUUACUAGGGCAUCCCAGGAAGCUUUCCAAUGAUUCCCUACCAUGGGCCCCUCCCAGCCCCUCCUGCCCCAGCCCACCCGCUUGCCUUGGUGCUCAGCCCCCCCCCCCCCGCCCCAUUGGGAGCAGGUUGGGGCGAGCUGGAGGCCCGGGCUGGAGGGGCAGUGUUGCUGUUCAUAACUUUUGUUCCUUUGGCAUUGCUCUGUUGGGUUUAAUUUCAGUCUUCCUGAUUCUCCCCUUCUGUAAAGUGUACAUUACCAAGUUCCUUGUUUUUUUAUAUAUAUAUAUAAAUAUAUAUAUAUACAAACUGUACUCUUUUUGCCUUUGUACAUUGAGGCAAGAAGAGAAAAUAAAUCUUUUUAAGAGACAAUCACAAA